GUGCUGAGCAGUCUGGCGGUCGAACAUCUCCUGGUUUCGUCGUGCCCAUUCGGGAUCAUCUGGGAUCUCCCAAUCUAUGUCCACCAAAUUAUCGGCUGGAGGCAGAUCUUCUCCACGGCCUGGUUCUUCUUCACCAAGGCCUGCCUGUUGGCCACGCCCAGCUCUUUGGCCACGAACAGCAGGCAGAUGUUCUCCACGGCCCGGUUCUUCGUCACCAUGGACUACUCCUACGCCACCGCGGCCUGCUCCUACGCCGCCGCGGCCUGCUCCUACGCCACCGCGGCCUGCUCGUUGUCUACGCCUAGCUCUUUGGCCGCGACCACGAACAGGAGGCAGAUCUUCUUCUUGGUCUGGUUCUUCGUCUCCACGGCCUGCUCCUACGCCACCGCGUCCUGCUCCGACGCCACCGCGUCCUGCUCGUUGUCCACGCUCAGCUCUUUGGCCACGACCACGAACAGCGGCUGCAGCAGGCUCAUGUACCGCAGCGGCUGCGUCAUGAGGAUUGUCAGCAGCGGCUGCUUCAACAGGAUUUUCAGCAGCGGCUGCGUCAACAGCAUUUUCAGCAGCGGCUGCGUCAACGGGAUUUUCAGCGGCGGCUGCGUCAACAGGAUCCUCAGCAGCGGCUUCGUCAGCAAGAUUCGCAGUAGGAUCAUUUUCAACGGCUUCUACACCAUCAUCAUUUUCUCCUUCGUCGUCAUGUUCGCCGGGCAACACUCCAACGAAGAGGAGCUCUGGCUUCCUCCAUUGGAAUAGCCAGGGAGCAGGGUGAGCUAAACCGACGAUGGCGUU